CUCCAUGGACGCAGCGCUGCGCUUCAGGAGACUCGUGGGCCAUGUAUUUCUUUUUCUGCUUUUUGGACAAUCCCUGCAGAGUCUCACUUUGGUGAAAUGCAAUCAACUUCAAAGUUGAGUCAAAGCGCAAAAAUGGGGAAGUCGAGACAGCGCUGGGCUAACUUCUGAGCGCCGAGCCAGUCUUCAUCAUGAGGCUGUGGGGCAAAGCUACAGCUGGCCGGACUCGGAGGAGGAUGCUCUGCCUCUGGCUGCUGCUCCUCGGGUUCGCCCUGGUCACUCUUGCGCUCUCGGGCCUCUUUAAGCGCGACCGAGAGCGCAGUCAUCAGAAACCUGGCCCUCCCCGCCGCCCCCUCCAGCGGAUUCCCAGUGCACCGGACCUGGAGGUCAUCGUGGAAUCCCGGGACCCUGCAUUAGAGCUCGGCGUCGAUCUCUCUCCGCUAAAAACUCUGCAAGAGGACGAGCUUUUGUUCGUUCCGUCGACGCAGGGCACCAAGACCCCGCCGCAGAAGAAGGGGAGUUACAAGGUGCUUCUGCCCGGUGCAAACAAGGACGCCCGCGCCACUGCGCCUCCGACGCACGGUGAAAUGGGGAAAGCGGUGCGGCUAAACCUGGAGGGUGCGGAGAGGGAUGCGGAACUGUCUGCGGUGCAGAAGUACGGUUUCAACGAGGCGGUCAGCGAGAGGAUAUCACUGCGUCGUAGGCUGCCUGAGACGCGCCAUCCAGAGUGUUUGGGGAAGAAGUACAGCGAGUCGCUGCCGUCGGUCAGUGUUGUUAUCUGUUUCCAUGACGAGGCCUGGUCCACGCUGCUGCGCACCGUGCACAGCGUGCUGGACACCGCACCCAAGCACUUCCUGCAGGAGGUCCUGCUGGUGGACGACCUGAGCCAGCACGGUCACCUGAAGAGUGUGCUAAGUGAGUAUGUGUCUCAUCUGGACGGGGUACGUUUGAUUCGCAGCACCAGGCGCUUGGGCGUUGGAGGGUGCCGCGCUCUGGGUGCUGCCAGAGCUGCGGGGGAGGUGCUGGUCUUCAUGGACUCCCACUGUGAAUGCCAGAAGGACUGGCUGGAACCACUGCUGGAGAGAGUGGCCCAGGACAGGACCAGAGUGGUUUCCCCCAUCAUGGAUGUGAUAGACUGGCAGACCUUUCAGUACAAUGCCACCCAGUGGCCAGUGAGGGGAGUGUUCGACUGGAGACUUGAUUUCUACUGGGAAUCUAACCCUCAGCUGCAGGACAAGGACCCAGACUCUGCUGUUCAAGCUGUGCGGAGCCCAGCAUUAGGAGGCGGAGUUGUGGCCAUCGACAGACACUUCUUCCACAGCGUGGGAGCCUACGACCCGGGGAUGCUGCUGUGGGGGGAAGAACAAAUUGAGCUGUCAAUCAGAGUGUGGUCAUGCGGGGGGUCCAUGGAGGUGGUUCCCUGCUCCCGUGUGGCUCACCUAGACCGUCACCAUCUGCCCUACCGCUUCCCAGACCAGGAGCUGCUGCAGAGGAACAAGAUCCGGAUCGCAGACACCUGGAUGGAUGCAUACAGGAAGAUCUUCUACAGGAGAGACACACUCGCUCAUUUCAUUAGGCAGUCUGAGAGCCCAAACAUCACAGAGCGUCUGCGUCUUAAGAGAAGUCUGGGAUGUAGGAACUUCCACUGGUAUCUGACGACAGUUUAUCCACAACUUUACAUCCCCCAGGACAGACCUGCACUGUCAGGCGAGCUGUAUAACGUCGGCACCGGCAGCUGUGCAGACUACCCACGAGGGCACGGACUGCAGGGUGGGGUCAUGAACGUAGCACCGUGCAGCGGGACGGGCAGCCAGCACUGCGAUCUAAACACUGAGUUCGAAGUGCGGUGGGGUCCCAUGGGGGCUUUGUGUUUGGACGUCAGGGGAGAGAGGGCGGUCUUAUCUCCGUGCCCUACACAGCGACCGACCCCCAGCAGACUCCGGUGGAAGUUCAUAAAGCUGAGCGGUCAGCUCGUUCACCAGCAGUCCCAGUCCUGUCUGGAGGCUGUGAAGGAGGGUGGGGUCCCACAAAGCAGCCCAAGAGAAGUCAACGCCAACACAGGAGGACUCUUCCUGCGCCCCUGCACCCACCACCCCAGACAACAGUGGCAUUUUGAGCAACUGGUAGCUCCUAAAGGUACCUGAGUGCAUGGAGCGACUGACCGGACUUGCAGGAUAUAAAUCCCAUUCACUGUGCAGGGUAGCAUACAGUAGACAAAUGUUGUACAAAAAUACACAACAUAUAAUUACUUUGCUCCACUUUGCCACUCAGCUGUUUUGUUCCUGUUUUAAGGAUUGCAAAUAUAAUUAAAUCACAGAUAUUUUAAAAUGAUAAGAAGCAAGAUAAGAUUAUGUCAAAAUAAAGUCUUUAUUUAAAAUAGUUUUUUUUUUAGGAAUAUCUAUUAUUGUCUUGUAUUAAUGUACAUUUAAUCAUACACGGUGUGAAAAACAUGUAGAGAAAAUGAUCAUGAAUGAGUUUUUACUGCAGUAAAUGAUUUGAU